UCCCGCCCCCAGCGCUCAGCCCUACCGCUAGCACAGCGCGCUUGUCGUCUCUUUGCGCAUCUCCUCGGCCCCAUCGCCGCACCAUGAAGGCGUUUCUGCUCGCCGUGUUGGCUGCGGUGCUGUACGUAGAGAGAGCCCACGCUCUCGUCUGCUUUUCGUGCUCGGAUGCAUCCUCCAACUGGGCCUGCCUGACACCUGUCAAGUGUGCAGAGAAUGAAAACCACUGUGUGACAACGUAUGUCGGAGUGGGAAUCGGUGGCAAGUCUGGCCAGUCCAUCUCCAAAGGCUGCUCUCCCAUUUGCCCCAGUGCUGGGAUUAACCUCGGCAUUGCGGCUGCCUCCGUCUACUGCUGCGACUCCUUCCUCUGCAACAUCAGCGGCUCUAGCAGCGUUAAAGCCAGCUAUGCUGUCCUGGCCUUGAGUAUCCUGGUUAGCUUUGCCUACAUCCUCAGGGCUCGCGAGUGAUGGGGAAGGCCAAAGAAGACCCAGCGCCCGGGGACCUCUGCACCUCUGCAACAUGGCGCCUUGUCUUCCAUUGGCCAUCACAGGUCUCAUUAGCUGAUGUCUUCUCUAUUGCUGCCUACAAGGAGAUCUUCUACUUCUCAACAGGCUUCCAACAGUGAUUGUUUCCCAGACUUUAUGCUCUUCCAGUAUCAGAGACCUGAGUGGCUGGGCCUAACCCUUCUCCUCCUCCUUCGGACAUAACCCACUGCACUCUAGCACUUCCCGGUGGAUUGUUUUGGAAAGGUUUCUGCUUUUUUAACCUGUGCCCCCAGUUUCUAAGGUUGCUUAAAACAAGGUUGGGACUCACUGAGAAGCAAUUGUCCCCAGACACCGCUCACUCAAGUGUUCCGAUGGUCCUGGAGGUGCCUGGCACCAGUGUGCCCCAACAUGUCCCCCCAGGCAUGGGGAACGCAUGACCCCAGUGGAGACAAAUUCCCAACCCCUGCAGCUGGAGUCUCUUUUUAUAAAUUUCUUCCAAUCUCGGGCUGACUUUUUCUGGAAAACAAAUGACGUGUACCUUGUCCCUCUGAGCUCUGUAAGUGCCAGACCUGAAUAAACAUGCUCCUGUUGUUACCUGA